UGCCGCAUGCGCACCGUUCAACGGCCGUCGCGUAUAGGGAGCGAUUUUUCUCUUCUCUGUUUGUGUUUUCUGUGACCCUUCGAAGCGUGCGGACGUGCGUGCGUACGUUGUUCCGGCAACAGUCUACAUAAACCGCACGCUUUGCUUCUAAGGCCUUCUUCAGCGAGCACUUGAAACAAACCCAAAAAAAAAAAACACGUCUUUCGGGUGCAAUUUAGUGUGUUAGAUCUUUCGGUGCGUUUAGUUAUCUUAGUUCGUAAGGGAUUGAGUGGUUUGCUGUUCUUUAAAAAUCACCCAAAAAUCCUCCACGGGCAGAGCAACGAGCAGCAAGCGUGAAAGAGUGUGCAAAAAGGAUAGUUGUGUGUGUGUGUGAGUGUGUGUGUUUUCGGUUCGUUUUGCAUCCAGAAGCAGCAACAGUGCAAUAAAAGUUAAAAGUGAUUUUAUGCUGAGUGUAUCAAUUCAUGCACGGCAUGUGUAAUGUGAGCCGUCGUGGUCCCGCGAGUGCCUGGUGAAAAUUCCACCCCGUGCCAAAGAGUCCUUUUCUGCUGCAUCGAAAGUAGGGCUUGGUCCGCGGUGCCCAUUGGUUUAGAUGUGAAGAGGGUGUCGUGCGCUGCGCUACUGCUCUGCUCACCGAAAAUGUGUGUUUGUGUGCGUACGUGUGCACGAUAGCACGCGAUAGGAGCGCGUGUCUGUGUGUGUGUGAAUAAAGCUGUUUCCCAGUGGGGAAGAUCGUUUUUCACCGUCACCCAACGCCACCUAGUGUGUGCGUGUGUAUGCUGUAUCCUAGAGCGAAAGGAUCCGGGCCAGUUUACCAACACCAGAGAGCACACAUACGGGGUUUGUCAUCACGGUCUAGCCUGCCCAGGCCACGACCCAAGGUCCAAGUGUCUAUUUGAAAGAAAAACAAUAGUGCAUUUUUCAGGACUCUGGCAGUAGAAACCUCUGCCAGGGAGGAAAAUUCUACCAACACUCUCCCUCCCCCCCGGACCCCCCGCUCUCAGCUGCGGGAAAAUCGAUGCCUACUUCCUGUCUGCAAUACACGCACAUAUAAUCAGCAAAAAUGGCCGUGCCAGUGUUUCUCGAAGGUCGCAUCGGUUCCACACCGGACAAGGGCGUCCCGGAUAUGACCUGCAUAUCGGAUAUUGACGAGAAUGGCAUCAACCGUAACCUGAAAGUGCGCUACGAGCGGGACCAAAUUUACACGUACACCGGAUCGAUACUGAUCGCCGUCAACCCGUACAAAGAGAUCGACUGCUACACUCAGGAAUAUGUUGCCAAAUAUCAUGGCCAAAAGCUGGGCCUGCUCGACCCGCACGUCUUUGCGAUGGCGGAAGCCGCCUAUCGCAACAUACGCGACAACAACACGAACCAGUCGUGUGUCAUAUCCGGCGAAUCGGGCGCCGGCAAAACGGAAACCACCAAAUUCAUCCUGCAAUAUCUGUGCUCGGUCACGUGCGACGUAUCGACCUGGGUGCAGCAGCAGAUCCUGGAAGCGAACACCAUCCUGGAGGCGUUCGGCAAUGCGAAAACCAUCCGCAACGACAACAGCUCCCGGUUUGGCAAGUUUAUGCAGGUGUGCUUCGACUCGAAGUGGUGCAUCAAGGGCUGCAUCAUCCAGGACUAUCUGCUCGAGCAGUCGCGCAUCACGUUCCAGAGUCCGGGCGAACGGAACUAUCACGUGCUGUAUCAGCUGGUUGCCGAGGGCACCACGAACAAAGAGCUGGCGGCCGCCCUUCAUCUGCGUGAUGCAUCCUUCUACCGGUAUCUGAACGCGUCCGGUGGUACGGGCGAUGCGGGCACGGAUCAAUCCGCGCUGGAGAUUGCCACCGAAUCGAAGCGGUUUGAAGCGUUACGGUUGGCGUUCAAUGUGCUGCAGAUCUCGCAACCACUGAUCGACGGCAUAUUCCGGGUGCUGAGUGCCAUAAUGUGGUUGGGCAAUCUGAACUUUGCCGACGUUGAUGGGGAGCGGUGCGAGCUGGCACCGGAGGAUGAUGAGAUUGUGAAAAUCGUUGCCCAACUGUUGGGGCUGCAGGAGACGGACCUCGUGCAGGUGUUGCUGAAGCGACAGAUCAAUGUGCGCGGAAACAUUACGGAGAUUCCGCUGAAGCUGCAGGAAGCGGGCGAGAAUCGGCACGCGAUGGCGAAAGCGCUGUACUCGCGAACCUUCGCCUGGUUAAUUAGCCAUAUCAACACGUGCAUCAAUCCGGGCCAGGAUGCGUCCCGGUUUUUGGGCGUGUUGGACAUCUUUGGGUUCGAGAACUUUAACACGAAUUCGUUCGAGCAGCUGUGCAUCAACUACACGAACGAGAAGCUGCACAAAUUCUUCAACCACUACGUGUUUGCGCUGGAACAGGAGAUUUACCGUCAAGAGGAGAUCAAGUUCUCGCACAUUCAGUUCACCGAUAACACGCUAUGUCUGGAGCUGAUCGAGAAGCCACCGCGCUGCAUUCUCAAGCUGCUGACGGAACAGUGCCAUAUGCCAAAGGGGUCAGACACGGCGUACCUCACCAAUCUGCACGGCGAGUUCGAAUCGCACGGUAGCUACGUCAAGGGUCAGGACCGUCGCCACUGGGAGUCGGAGUUUGGCAUUCGCCAUUACGCCGGUUGCGUUAGCUACACGGUGAAGGGAUUCGUCGACAAAAAUCGUGACGUGCAGCAGGACGUUCUGUUCGAUCAUAUGAGCCGCAGUGCGAACACGUUCGUGCAGGAGAUUGCGUCCUUCCAGGAUUUGCUCUCGAUCCAGCACGUGCAGUCGGCUUCGUCUGCCACCAGCACUGUAUCGCGCGGUACGUCCAAGGGUAAGCUGACGGUUAGCGAUACCUUCCGGCAGCAACUGCAAGCGCUGGUGGAUGUCCUGCAGAGCACCAACCCAUGGUACGUCCGGUGUAUCAAACCAAACUCCGACAAACUGCCGAACGAUUACGACGAUCAGCUUGUGCUGGAUCAGCUCCGAUAUCUCGGCAUGCUGGACAUUAUUCGUAUACGGCGGGAAGGCUUCCCGGUGCAUCUGACGUUCGACGAUUUCGUGCAGAAGUACCAGUGUCUGACGAAACGGUUCCGCAACAUGUCCAGCCAGGAUCAGGCGUUGGCUGUGAUACGCGAGCUGAACGUGCCCACGACCGAGUGGCAGAUGGGCCGUACGAAGGUGUUCCUGCGCAGUGUGGUGCACGAACCGCUCGAGGACGCCCGCAAGCAGGUGAUCAACUCGAAGGCACUGAUCAUACAGCGUAAUUGGAAGCGCUUCAGCCAGCAGCGUCAGUAUAGGCGGAUUCGUUCGGCGGCCCUUAAGAUACAGCACGCGUACAAGGGCUGGAAGCUGAGGAUCGAGUUCUUGAAGAAGCGACGAGCUGCAAUCGUCAUCCAGAGCCAUCUGCGAGGUGUGUUUGCGCGUGAAGUUGCGACGGCACUGCGGGAGAUGCGGCGCGUUGAUGAGGAGAUGCGCAAGCGGGAACGGUUGGAAGCGGAGCGGCGGGAGCGGGAAGCGGCCCAGGCGGAAGCCGACCGGAAGGCACUGGAGGAAAGCGAAAGGGUUGCGAAAGAAGAAAUUCUCGCUCUGUCGCAAAUGGCUGAACAGAUCAACUCGAAACUGCACUCACAACAGCAUGUCGCAAACAAUAACAGUCGCCACGCGCAAUCCGCCCAGAAUGGAGCCGCCGCCGGUGGUGCGGAUGGUGGCAAGGGUGGUUCCGGCUCGAUUUCGGCCGGCGGUAUCAAAGGGGCCGGAUCCGCAAGCCUGCAGAGCAACGAUUCGGUUGAUCUGGACAAUCUGUUUGCCUUCCUCAGCGAGGUACAGCCGAACGCGAACUCGAACGCGAUCAUCGACGAGAUCGGCGAGAAGAUGGACAACCUGGUGGAGGAUCUGGACGUGGAGCUGGAAUCGGUCAUACAGCAGGAGAUUGAAGGGUUGACGAGCGAGCGCAACAAUAAUGUGUCGGCGACCUCCACACUCAAGGGUGCGGCUCCACUGGUGAACGGGACCGGUGCGAUUAGCAGCAGCAACCACACCAAUAAUAACAAUAACAAUAUUAACAACAAUAAGCCGACGACACCGAAACCGAUGGGCGGGAUCCCAUCACUGCCAGAGCCGACGAUGCCACCACCACCGCCACCAAUCGAAAACAAUAACCACACACUUCCAGCUGCCCAGCCACAUCAUCCGGCAACGCUGCACCACAUACGUCGCCAUGAGGAACCGAUCUAUGAAGCCGUUAUACACCUGAAGGAACUGCCACCGCCACCACUAGAUGCACACGAAAAGGUACCUCCGAUUCCGCAGCAUCAGUCGCAGGUAGCAGCAGGUGCUGCACCACCUGCACAUCAUCCAGCCGUAGCGCCUCCACCACCGGUACAUGCCCAUCAGCAACCGGUACCACCGCCACACGCUCACCAACCUCCUCCACCAGUGCAUCAUGGUCCGGCUCAAUCAGCCCCAACCACACAUCCGUCACAACCGGAAGCUCCACCACAGCCACCACCGCAUGCACAUGCCGCACCUAGUCACGCUUACGUGCAUCUGGAGAACGGGUCCGCUGGUCACAAGCUACGCCCCAAGAGUCCGGCCGUCAUACGAUCGGCAAGUCCGAUCCAACGUACCGGCUCGAACGGUCCCAUGAGUCCAUCCUCGCCGAAACACAGCCGGCCAAGCUCGCGGGCUUCCUCCACUGGUGGUGGCCAUCCGUUCGCGGAACGCGAACAACGGCGCAAGUAUCGCGUCGAGAAGAAGCUACAGGAGAUGCAACAGAUGGACAUUACCGAGCGCGAGAAGGAAUUGCUACGGGACGAUGUGUACUACGACAUUCUCGAGUUUGCCGAAAGCUACUACAACACCCACGAACGGUCGCCGGAGGGUACGAUCAUGGCGACGCUCACGCGCAAAGGCCGCAAAUCGGUCGACAUGGUGCCGAAGUACGAGAUGAUCACGUACUACCGCGGCACAACGAUCCCUUCGUCCCACAUACACAUGUACGAUCCGGAAAAUGUCACAAUCGCGUGUAACAUUUUCCGCGACCUGUGCAAAUACAUCCGGGGUGAGCUGAACAGUGAGCGCGAACUGCAGGUCAUCCAGUUCAUUAUCGGGCAGGGCAUCGAGCGGGAGGAGCUGCGCGAUGAAAUCUUCGUCCAGUGUAUGCGCCAGGCCACGAACAAUCCCAGUGUCGAUUGGACCGAUCGCGUUUGGUUGCUGCUGUGCUUGACGAUCGUCGCCUUCCAGCCGAGCAAACUGCUGUUCCGGUACUUUGUGAGCUUCCUGAAGAAGAAUCUCGAAUCGCUCGAGGGCAAACUGCGCCAGUACGUGCAGUGGUGUUUGGAUAAUUGCAAAAACACCAAGGUUCGGUGCCGUCAGUAUCCUCCGUCGAGUGUGGAAGUGGCCGCAAUGCGACGACUCGGUACGAUUGUGUGCCGAUUCUUCUUCCUCGAUGGACGCACCAAAGCGAUCGACGUACAUCCGACCGAUACGGCAAGCGAUGCCGUGGCGAAGCUGGCAGAAAAGCUUGGCCUGUGCAAUAUUGAGGGCUGGGCGAUCUAUCAGUCCCGUCCGGAUGGUGAGGAGCACGUGAAGUCGCACGACUAUCUGUACGACAUUAUCGCUGCCUGGGAAGCCAAGCAGACGAAGAUUCACGCGUCCAGCUCGACGUUGCGCAAGAACACAACCACGCUGGGUUCGGGCGAGAAUCGGUUUGUGUUCAAGAAGCGCCUGUUCAAGAGCACCCGGGAGCUCUCGCAGGAUCCGGUCGAGGUGAACAUGCUGUACGCACAGGCCGUGUACAGUGUAGUGAAGUGCGACGAUUUCCCCGUGUCGGAGAAGGUUGCGCUGCAGCUCGCCGGCUUACAGGCCCAGGUCGCGCUGGGCGAUCCGUCGAACCAGCCGAAACCGGAGUACUAUUCGGACGUGCCGAGCUAUCUGCCGGAGCGCAUCUCGAAAACCCGCGAGGAACAGUUCUGGGUGCCGAUACUGGCCCAAGCUCAUCGACAGUACGGUUCAGGACGCACGGAGCUAACGGCGAAGGUGCUGUACCUGUCGUGUGUCAUGCAGUACCCACUGUACGGCACCACGAUGUUCGCCGUGUCCUACCGUGGCUAUUGGAGCUAUGGCAACAGUCUCAUACUCGGCGUGAACUGUGAGGGUAUCAUACUGAUCAAGCCGGACGACAAGUUCGUGCUGUACGAGUUCCGGUACGCGGAGGUAGAAUCGAUCAUGCUCGAUCCGAGCGACAGCUUCAUCACGAUCAGUCUGAACCGCCACACAAGCACCAGCACCGACCAGCAGCGGUGCUUCGUGUUUGAGACGGCGCAGAAGAACGAAAUCGGCUCGCUGAUCGUGUCGUACUAUCCGGCCCUGUCGAACUGGAUCACGGAGAACGAGGUACCGCCGAAGAAGAGCAAAGGCAUCACGAACGAGGACCGUGUCCGGUUGCACCACAAUCUGGUUGUCUGCCGGAGACAUCUGGUCGAUGCGGAAAUUCUGCGCAAACCUCAGGACCCGAGUGGAGGUUUCCUGAGGAACACUUUGCGCCGGCUGUCGAAACAUCGGCUGGAGAAGUUACGGGCCGAGCACGGCAGUCCGAUGCACGAUCAUGGCGAAACGUACAAAGGAUUCCCGCACGCUUACUGGGCAUUCAGCCGACAGGCACUGCCACAAAGCCUUAGCAAGCUGCCCGAUCAAGAGGAGCAAGCGAUGCUGCAGGUCUUUAAUUCGAUUCUAACAUACGCCGGUCUUGGACAAAAUGGAGAAACAGUUCAGCGCGCAGAGGACGAACACAUCACGCUCAUACAAUCGAUCAUGGAUCGGUGCAUGCGCAAGGAGUCACUGCUGAACGAACUGUAUCUGCAGCUGAUCAAGCAAACGACCGACCAUCCCGACCCCAACUCGCGCGUGAACCUGCGCCACUGGGCGCUCCUCUCCCUUGCCUGUAGCGUCAUCCUGCCACCGCAGAAGGUGGUGCGCAAGUAUCUGCUAGGCCAUCUGAAACGUUGCGCUAGCGAUUUCAUCACCGAGGAGGGCAAGUAUGCACGCUUUGCGGAGAAAUGUUUCUUCAAAACGCAGGGUACCCGGCGCCGCCAGUGGCCACCGUCGCGGGAGGAGAUCAUCUGCACGAUCAACCGGCGGCCGAUCUAUGCCCGGUUCCACUUCAUGGACGGACAGUACCAUUCGGUCGAGUUCCACCCGAGCUCGACAUCUCGAGAGGUGAUGGAAAUCGUGAAGAAGAAGAUCGGACUACAGGAAAAUGCACUGGGUUACGCUAUCUACGAAGUGCUGGGUGCAUCGGAACGAAGCUUACUGCCGGACGAAAAGGUUGCUGACGUGAUGUCCAAGUGGGAAAAGUAUCGUACUGCGGCCGCGCAGGCAGUGCAGCAGAAUCAGAGCUCCAACUUACCGCCUGCCUGCCGCCGGCAGCAUCAUCUGUUUCUGUUCAAGAAGCAUCUGUUCUGCGAUCAGUACAUGAACCUGGACGAUCCCGUCGAAAAGGAAUUGCUCUAUCACCAGGUGCUACACGGUUUGCGUACCGAACGUUUUCCCAUCACGGAAAUGGAGGCUAUUAUGUUAACUGCUCUACAAGGACAACUUGAGCUGGGCGACAGCUCGGACAUCGUGCAGGACUAUCGACCGAUCGCAGCCCACUGUCUGCCGCCCCGCUUCGUACCGAACAUCCCGCGCGACAGUGUUGCGAUGCAUCACCAGAGUCUGCGCGGCACAACGCCGGCCGAGGCGAAGAAAUCCUUCCUGAAUCUCAUCCAAAGCUGGCCCCUCCACAAGGCCACCAUCUUCGACGUGAUGCAAUCGUUCACCUCCAACUGGCCGCGGAUGCUUUGGCUGGCGGUGGACCAGAAGGGACUGCAUCUGCUCGAGCAUCGGUCACGCAACACGCUCUGCACGUACGACUACCAGUCGAUACUGUCGUUCUCGCCCAACAUGAACUGUCUGAUGAUCAUUACCGGGUCGGAUAAGAAACAGUCGAAGGUUAUCCUUACCACGGCACAGGCUUUCCAAAUCGCAAACCUUAUCCGCGAGUACAUGGAAGUGCUCCAGCGGCAGCAAACGCACGUGGACGACACGCAAAAGGAAAAUCAAUCGUCCGGUGCUAAUCAACCGCCACCGCCCGCACCACAGGUGCCACCGCACAACCAACCACUUCCGCCACCCCACCAACAUCUUCCGGUGCAGGGUGUUCCGGCUGCUGGUGGAACUACUACUGGCACGGAUCUACGCAAGGGUGGCCAACGACCACCGUCGAUGUUGUUGCGUCAGUCCAGUGCUGCACUGGUGGCACCUCAGCCAAGCUAGAUUGCCACCAGGCCCCAACCAUCCGCAGGCACUAAAGCAAACACAGACUUAUUGUUAGAUGGCGGGAAACGAAGAAUCAAAGUUGGAACAAAAUAGGAAACGUAAUCAAACUACUACUGGUGAAUGAUCUCAACGUCGAUUGCUUAGCUCUAGUCCACCGUUCGUGUGCAGUUAGGCGGCGAGAAGGAAAAGAUCAUGCGGUUGAUUUUUUUUUUAAUUCCUUUGCGUAUUCUUAUUGCGUGAUCCGCGAGAUCGACGAGACAAGACGUUUGCGCUUCUAUAACGCCUUGGGCUUCCCCUGGGAAUAGAACGAUAGCGAUAAACCAAAAAACAAAAACCGAAAAAACAAUAUAUUUAACGAAAACACAGACACAGAGAAUCGUUGCUUAUUGUUAAUGAGAUAACAGAACAACCUCCCCUAGGCAAAAGAGGGUUACGAUAAAGAUGUUUAGGAAAUUUAGUGCAUUGCCUAGUUGCGCCGCGUUGUUUAGUUUAGGUUUAGGUGCUCGAACGGUAUAGGAUCGCAACCGAGUUUACUAGGAGCGUUUAUACGGUACGGUUCGCUUCUUUGCUCCCCAAAAUCCCCUUCAGUAAAGCAAAAGCAGCAGAGUGUGGCAAAUGAUGUGGCGGAAUACUUUCACUGCCCCGAUUUAAACCAACAGAACCUGCACAUUGUUUUGGGGGUUUCUUGUAUGAGUAAUAUUUGUAAUAUUUUGUGAUUUAGGCUUACUUUAGUGUACAUUUAGUGUGUAGAUCUAUUUCUCUUCAUCAGAGCUUCAUUUUGAUGGGUAGUUUUUUUUCUCCUCCUUCUAAUCUCUACUCUCUUCUCCAGAUGUGGAAGUGUGCGUGUGCGUGUGUGUAAGUGUACAAACAUGCCAGACAGAGAAAACUGUGGGACUCAGGCCAUUAUUUACAAAUAUUGUAUUUUCUUUCUCUAAAACUUCCCUGCCACAACUUUAGCGCACACGUGUGUGUGUGAGUGCUGUUGUAAGUGGCUUUUCUAUCUAAUUUACCAUUUUUACUAUGCAACAACCAAUGAACCCACUCCCUACGCGUGUGUGUGUGUGUGCGUUGUGUGCUUGAGGAAACAAGUUUUUAGUGUUAAGCUGUUAGGUUAAGUGUACAAGCGCUGUAGGAGCUUUACAGCGGAGAGCUAUUUAAUCAACUUUGUUAGGGAACUGGAUGUUGGAAUGCGCACGUGAAACACCACAACAGUUCUGCUCAUGUAGGUAUUACGAUAAGGACAUCGAAAAGGAAGACAAGAUGACAAAAAAAAAACAUGCAAAAAAUUGAGACCCCUGCAGACAAGAACUUUUAUCAACAAUAUACUUAAGAUGGCAGAAGAACCUACCACGUGUGUCAAGUAUAAUAAGCUAAAGGGAUACAAUCUGCCAGGAUUCCUUGUCUUCAAAUUCCGAUUGGACGUGUGACAUUGACCUCCAUCUUACUCCAGGCCAUUGGGCAGAAUUUAGUGAACUUUCUUCACUCAAAAUCAAUAUUUUCUUAUGUCUUUGGGCGAUAUCAAGUUUUGGAUACUUCUUCAGAAUUGAGAAAUCCUUGGACCGUGAUAAACUGUGAGCGAAGGACAUCCUACAAUCUCGCAAUCUUCAACAGAUUUGCAAUUAAACAAUACGAAUUUUCUGAAGCAGGACUUAUCAGUAAUUAUUAUCGUAGCUGAGGUUAAAACAACCAGCAAUUUGAUCCAUUGCUCAGGAUGUAUCGUUUUCGAAUUUUCUUGCCUAUCAAAUCCUGUGGUAAUGGGUGCGAAAGACAAAGUAUCCCCCUUAGUCUACCAUGGCCAUCGUAACCGUUGCACUGACGCCAUUAGUCUUCAGAACAGCUCCAACAGCAGGACUGUUGUGGAGUUCCUCGUGCGUGCUUACAUCUGAAUUCACAACUCUUAUCCUUAUUUAUAUACAUACAAUCCCCAACCAAAAAACAGGCCUGUCGGUCUGUCGGAUAAGUAAAAAGCCCACUUUUGCAGACACCAUUUUGAAAGCUGCUCGUGCUAAGUAGAUUUCGCUGCGAAACCUUUUUUUUAACUUAUUUCGAAGCAAUCCUUUUACGCUAUUUCUAAGUACCCUUUCCUUUUUGGGUUGUUUUAACGCGUGUUUCACCACUAUUUGUAAGUGUGAAACUUUUUAGGAUCUUAAAAUACACGAUCUUUAUCCUUCUCACGAUUGCCAUCUUUGGCCAUUUAGCAGAACGACGAAAAAACAAAGGAAACCGAAAACCCGUUAAAGUAGCUAAGGUAAAUUGUACAAAACAGAGUGAAAAAAGUGAAUAACGUAUAAAAGUAGUCAAAACAAAAGGAAAAGUCUUAAAGUAUCAUCAGGAGUGCGUGUGCGUGAGAGAGCGAACUGUUAUUAACAAAUUUUGUAGUACGAUUCGUGCAGCAGCAAGACUCUAAAAGUAGACAUUAUGCGAAAGGUAACAGCACGACAGGACGAAGCGGUACGAGAUCAAACAGUAAAGGCGGACGAACGUGCUGGCGUGGAAGGAAUAAAUACUGCGCCAAUGCACUGUGAAUGAUACGAUGUGAAGCACAAAUAAUCUAUCGACUACUAGUCACAGGUGGGAAAGUACGACUGAUUUUCUUUUACGCAAUACUCUCUACCACUCUUUUUCCCCCUUUUUUGUACUGGUACAUGAGAAAGGCCACACGUUUGACUACCGGGAACCGAAGAGUCUUCGAGGGGUCCUCCUCCUCUUCUAAUGUUGCAAUAUGAUUUUUUUUACUAUUACGAACGUUUUAUGUAAGUUAUAUCUACUGCAUCGAAACUGCUUGCCCAAAACAAUACCGCGAAACACAAAAGCCCUUUUUCUCUCUACCCCGGUUUCGGUUGCUAGAUGAGUCGUCGCGUAACAAGACGCGCUUCGGGAAUGCUCGUACCGAACAAGAGUGCCACCACGUUGAGAUAUUAAUCGGUAAAUAUCAAAUAAAACCCCCCGCCCCGGGCAGAGGGUUCUACCGCGUAUUAUGUACCCGGUGGGUGGCAUAUGCAGACCCUAUAUAAUGUUAUCCAAUCCAUUAAAGCAGAAAUAAAGUAUAUUGGUAAUCGUUCCGCAUUCAAA